AAAGCACGGUGCCAAACAUAUCCUUGUUAAAUUUGCACUUCGUGUUUUCUCCCCUUCGAGGUGACAAAGACAGAGAGAGUUAAAAGAGGGUGUGCUGGUACAGGGAGAAGAGAGAGAAACUGGUGAGAAUGGGGAUAUUGCAAGAGGAUGUUGUAGUGAUAAGUCAAGGAAAGAAGCCUGGAGAAUCAACUGAGAUUACUGUGAAUUGUCCUGAUAAAGCUGGACUUGGCUGUGAUUUGUGCAGGGUUAUCUUGCUUUUUGGAUUAAGCAUUUGUAAAGGAGAUGGACAAACGGAUGGGAAAUGGUGCUAUAUAGUCUUUUGGGUGGUGGGGAAGCCAAGCACAAGGUGGAAUUUAUUGAAGCAGAGGCUAUUAGAGGCGUGUCCAUCAUAUUUUUCAACUUCUGAGAUUGACUUCUACAAGCCUGAGAACCAACAGCCAAGGCCGCCAGAUGUGUUUCUGUUGAAGUUCUGGUGCUCUUAUGACUAUGAAGGCCUUUUACACGAUGUAACUGAGGUUCUAUGUGAGCUGGAGCUGACAAUAGAAAGAGUGAAGAUGUCCACUGCUCCGGAUGGGAGAGUGAUGGACCUCUUUUACAUCACUGAUACUAGGGAGCUUCUUCGCACAAAAAUGAGACAGGAGGAAACAAUUCAUUAUCUGAAGAAGGUGUUAGGGAAGGCUUUGAUUAGUUGUGAGAUUGAAUUAGCUGGGCCAGAAUUUACUGCCUGUUCUCAAGGUUCACCUUUUCUUCCUUCUGCAAUCACAGAAGACAUGUUUAGUUUAGAGCUUCCCAAUAAUCACCGAAGUGGCUUUCUUGCCCACAAUCCUGUCUCUGUUACAGUGGACAAUGCCUUCAGUCCCUCACACACACUUGUUAAAAUUCUCUGCAAGGAUCACAAGGGUCUCAUUUAUGACAUAACAAGAACCCUAAAGGAUUAUAAUAUCCAGAUUUCCUACGGACGCUUCUUUGCCAGUAGAAAAGGAAACUGUGAAGUGGACCUGUUCUUAAUGCAAGCAGAUGGCAAGAAGAUAGUUGAUCCCAACAAACAAAAUGCAUUGUGUUCUCGUUUGAGAAUGGAGCUUCUGUGUCCUCUUCGACUGGCUGUGGUUAGGCGGGGCCCCGAUACUGAGCUGCUUGUUGCAAACCCUGUUGAAUUGUCUGGCAGGGGCCGGCCACUUGUCUUCCACGAUAUUACUCUUGCUCUCAAGAAUCUAAACACCCCCAUCUUCUUGGUAGAGAUAGGGAGGCACAUGAUUCAUGAUCGGGAAUGGGAAGUGUACAGAAUCCUACUUGAAGGUGAUGGGUUACCUGUGUCCAGGAACAAGAUUGAGGAGGGUGUUAGAAAAGUAUUGAUGGGUUGGGAAUAAAUUGAGAUACUAACUUCACUUAGGGGCCAUCACCAUCUAUCUUAUCCUUUUGAGUCUCUAGUACAGCUAGCGCUAACCGCAUUCUAAAUACAGAUCAAGAAGGUCUUUCACCCCCCGUGUCGAAAUGCAAGCUUUAUUUUUUCUUUCAAAAGAGUUAUUAUCUUUUUUAUGA